UAAGUGUGAUUGCAUCCCAUUUGAAAUCGAACUAUGGGUGGUGUUCCAGAAUUCGGGGCAUGAUUGACUUGACCCGUGUCUUGCCUAGGCGUCAAAUUACCUCCGACUAUUAGACUCCACUCUUCUUUACCCUUCUUGAUAGGAAAAAUAGGUAAGUUAUUGUUUACCGUGUUUUUACCGGCCGGGGACCACGUGAUAAAACCGCCUCUGAAAUGGGAGGCGUUCGAUAAAUUGGAGCCAUAAAAUAGCGUAACGGAAGCGUGCAAUACCAGAUUCAAUAUGUGGAACGAACGGAUUAGGUUUAUUAUAUUCAAUUCAACUUUCUCAAGGUGAGGUUAAUAAUAUGAGCUCAGAACCUCAAAAUAUCUCUAUGUGGCAAAAUGACACUAAUUUAAAAUCGGACUACAUAGGGCCGAAUGAUACUACUUUAAAUUCAAACUCCAUGGGGCAAAACGAGAAACAUUUAAAAUUAAAUUCUACUACGGAAUUGGAAGCACGAAAUAAUAUCUCCAUGGGACAUAAUGACGCGAAUUUAAAAUUACACACAAUGGGGCAAAAUGACACAAAUUUGAAAUUAAACUCUAUGGGGCAAAAUGGCACAAAUUUGAAAUUAAAAUACAAUGUAUUGAAAGCGCGAAAUAUAUCUAUCGGGCAUGAUGACACGAAUCUCAUAUCAAACUUCACGGGGCAAAAUGGCACAAAUUUGGGAUUGAGAGCUACGGGGCAAAAUGUCACAAUUUCAAAAUUUCAUUUUCCAGGAAAAGCGCCAAAUAUCUCUACAGUUCAAAAUGUCACAAAUUUGAAAAUAAACUCUACGAAAUCUUUAUUUCCGGUUCAAUUUUGCUGGCCGGAAGUUUGCAAUCGCAUCAUAUGUUUUUACGGUUGCCAAACCAAUCAUUGGGGAUGCCCUACUAUCAAUUGUUGCCCAUUCAUACUUUUUUGUCCUAUCUACAGAGUGUACUACGAUGAGUACACCAGUUGUCGAUUGUGCAAAAAAAUAGGAACUUGAAUAAAAAAUUAGUUAUUCCUUGAUGACAUGGAUACAUACCAAAUGAAGAAUGCUUCCAAU